AUGUGCAGCGAGCUGGCGUCCAAAACUGUGUUCCUGCUCAAGGGUCUGCAGGUGCCUGAGCAAGUUGCCGACUCCCUUGAUGCGUUCAUUCUGCUGGACGCAGCGGUGCACAUCGAUGUCCUGUAUUGGCUCAGCGAGUGUACAAUCAUGUACAACACCGCUGUCAAGGAGCUCAUAGACAGCGAGUCAGAAAAGGCCAAGCGUGUGACCACGGCCGACGAGAUGGACACCCAGCUCGUGCGCCUGCAGCCAUUUGGCGAGAUCUCCAAGCAGCGGUACUGGAUGUUUGGUAACAAAACCCGGCAACUGUAUUUGGAGGGCGGAUCGAGGCGGACGCGCAACAAGUUUGAGCUGCUGGCGCAGACAGUUGAUGAGUUUGAGAGGGUGGCAGAUGAGCUGGAAGCAGGCAGAUUGCGCGUGCACAAGGAGCUGGCGGAGCGGAUCCGCGAAGAAGUGGUGCCGUUUGUCGAGAAGCAGGCUUUGCGCAAGGAGAAGCUGGAGCGCAAGCUGGAGCGCAACGCACGGCAGUUUGCCAACGUGCAUGUGUAUGAGACGAGGACACGCAGGCGCCAGAGAGUCAACUACGAUCUGAAUGCCGACCCGUAUGGCGUGGAGAACUAUUGA